AUGCCGGACCCAGCCUCAAUCGCAAUUGCUAGCACUGGUGUCGCAGUGGCGGCUGGAACUCUGGGAUACACCUACUAUCACAACCAGUCCCAGACCCAAGCUUCCUCCCAAGCUGCUCCAUCCAGCAAUAACAACAACUCGGAUGAUAUCGAGCUACGCCGCCAUAAAAACAAGGCAAUUGAUGCCACCAAUGUAGACCCAAUCCCGCCUCCAGACCGCUACAAGGCGAACCCUCUCACUCCUUAUCUGGGGUAUAAGAAGGACUAA